AUGGUCACAGGAAACGGAAGCUCCAGAUACGCGCCUCCCUUGGGUGAGCCAACUCUAUACGGUCGGAGAAAGAACCCUCAACCACGACUGGACCCGAUCACCAUCGAACCGCGCUCGCGAACCCCCAAUCCUCCCAGUUUGUCGCCGCGCUCUCCUGUUUCUCCUCGAUACGUCCCUCAACCCCCUCAUACUUCGCACUCUUUGCACUACACGCGGUCACGGUCGCCUGUCCCUCCAGUGGCACACAGUGCCCCAGAUGACCGACUAUGGCUUCCUCCUUCUCUGCGGGCGGGCUCCCCGCAGGACAACCCAGAGGACUGGCGAGCCAGAAGGGCAGUUCGCCAUGCUCCAACAUUCCCUCCCCCGGAUCGGCAACCUCCAGGAAACUAUUCGCGCGAUAGCAAUCCGGACCGGGCAAGCCACCGCAAAGCCCCGCCAGCUCGAGGUGGACUGCGGAUAUCCAUGUCGACAUCCAAGUUGAAUGGCCGUCGCCAACGACCAGAGGAGUCGCCCGAUCGCCUGCAGGACCCGAGCACCCAUGGUCUCCCGCUGCCCCGAUUUCCAUCCAAUGGGGCCGCGGACGAUAAUUCACUGCGGACCAGCGUGAAUUCGAUUAUGACCUCCCGGUCAAGCGUCGAGCAGACGAGCGGCACAGAACGGAGUAGUGUCCUCACGAAGAGUAGCUCUAUCACCGAUCUGUCGCCGGACACUCCCUACGCGCCCUACAGUUUGCCGGACGGCGAGAUGAGCGUGGAAGAUGCUAUCUCGAUGUACUUGGAUGGAUUCAGCGAUGUAACUGAGGAGCCUGGAUCGCCAACCUCCCAAGCGGAGAGUAAAGCACCCUCCGUUACAGCCCAUCCACCCCGGGAGGACAUGUACCUGGAAAGCAUACCACCUCCGAGAUCUACGUCCCUUAAGACGCCCCCUCCCGUUCCAACACUCCACACCCCAACCUUUCCUCCGCGAACCAUCUCUCUGGAGCCCGCGAGAAUCCCCCAACGCCCAGGUUCUGAACCUAUCUCACGCCCACAAGCUCCUCCUGAAGCUAUAGUGCCACAACAUACGCUACCGCGGAAACCGUUGGUGUCACCGGAGCCACCCUUACCUUCCCCUAAUCAAGCUUCCGACAUAUCCCCGAUUCACCAGCGUCAACAGUCUAAGAUCAUCAUUCCUGGCCAGGUGCCACCGCCCCUCAAUUCUGCGAACGAUACACGUGAUGACUAUGGGUUUCGUAAAACAACCCAACAUGUUACUUUAGCAGACUAUGAAGCUUGGAAACGCUCAUAUUCUCCAUAUGCAGCACAUCGUCGCUCGAAGUGGUAUGACAUGCUCAAAGAGCACGGGCUGUCAACCUCCAAUCCUACCAAAUUUCCUCCUCAGUCUUCCAAGCUGAAGCGCUUUGUCCGUAAAGGCAUUCCGCCCGAGUUUCGGGGAGCAGCAUGGUUUUGGUACGCCGGUGGACAUGAUAUUCUAAGCCGCCACGUUGGCUACUACGAUACUCUUGUGGAGAAGGUCAUGAACUCACCCAACAACGAUGAUAAAGAGCAUAUCGAACGAGACCUCCACCGUACUUUCCCCGACAAUAUCCACUUCAAACCGGAGAACGGGGCUAGUCCCCAAUCGCCCGGGGUGACAACCGAGACAUAUAUGAUCCAGUCUCUCCGCCGAGUGCUGUAUUCCUUUGCUCAGCACAAUCCUAAAGUUGGAUACACCCAGUCACUCAACUUCAUCACCGGCAUGCUUCUGCUUUUCCUACCCGAGGAAAAGGCCUUUUGGAUGCUUCACAUCAUAGCUUCCACAUAUCUCCCAGGCACCCAUGAAAUCAGCUUAGAGGGUGCCAACAUUGAUCUGUGGAUAUUAAUGGUGUUACUCCGCGAUUCCAUGCCGCACAUCUUCGCCAAGAUAUCCAGCAUGGGAGGCGCCCCGCAAGGCCGAGGCAAGGUGCCGCCGCUCACCGUGAAUUCUCGAUUGCCAGAUAUUACUCUGGGUCUGACUAACUGGUUGAUGUCCGUGUUCAUUGGUACACUCCCACUGGAAAGUACCUUACGGGUUUGGGACAUCUUCUUCUAUGAGGGCUCGAAAACCUUCUUCCGCGUUUCCCUCGCCAUCUUCAAAGCCUGUGAACGGGAAAUCAUGGGGGGUCUCAGACCCCAUGGAGAUUGCUUUGUGCGCCGACAUCGAGUCGGCCAGGGUCGCAUUGAGGAAUUGCGUGCUGCCCGCCGGACCGCUGUCCGCCAAGAAAAGAUGCGGCGAUCCGUGGCCUUCAACAAGGGCGAGAUCCAGCUUGCGACCGAUGACUUUCCCGUUCGCCGUCAACACCGAGAGCAUCGAGUGGUUGACUCCUUGCGCCAUCUCAAACAACAAGCCCGGGGUCUCCGUUAG